AUGGGGCAAAGAAAAGUCAAGAAGCCUAUUACCCAGACAAUCUCUUCUAGAGAGGAAGAGCCUGCGGACGGUCCACCCGAACCAGCCGAACCAGUCAUGGUUCUCGACGACGAUGCGAACAAUGAGCCAAAAGAAGAGCCAAUUCUUACUGUGGUGCCUUUGGUUCAAGUUUUUGGAAACUUGAAUAUUUUGAGACAAAACGAACCGGAAGCUCAAGAAGCUCCACAAAACGGAGCACAACAACAAAAUCUCACCGAAGUUCUCGUUGUCGACUUACGGAAUAGAAGUAUCGACGACAUGGUCGACGUUAUCAUGCGCUGGAGCCAAGGAAAUCGUGAUGGAUUCAUUCGCCAUGAGGUUGUCGAACAUGAAGGAGCUCUUGUUCCAGUUGAAAGACUUGAAGAGAUUAAAAACAACCAGGCAGCAGCUGCUCAAGGUGAUCGCCCGGAACCUCCACCGACAUCAUAA